AUGAAACCGGUGCGACGUCUGGAAGACUUUGAAGAAGGGGAAGUUGGGGACCAUCUGUCAAUUCAUUCUGGCGACGAAAGGCUCCCGAUUUGGGUUCUUAUUCGUCAGACACUGGAGAUAUUGUUACCAACAGACGUCAGUAGCAUUCUGUGGAUGUCUUCGCAGGCAGUUACUAUGAUGUUUGUGGGCCAUCAUCUUGGUGCGAUUGGAAUCUCGCAGUACAGUGCGGGGCUUCUUGUCUUCAACGUCAUGGCUAUGUCUGUAGUGAGCGGUUUGGGUUCUGCGAUUGACACACUAGGUUCACAAGCUUUUGGACAAGAUCCACGCUCUCCCAUGGUUGGGGAAACGCUGCAGCGCGCCCUCAUCCUUAAUCUUGUCUUGUGGGUUAUUAUGAGCAUCUUUUUUGUAAACAGUAAACAUGUCAUGUUACUUGCGUUUGGUGACAUUGUUGGUGAAGGUGCCGCAAGAUUCCUCGCGUACUGCCCACCGUACUUCAUGGCCCAAGCAAUUAGUGGAACUUUUAGCAAGACGUUGUUCGCCCAGAGGCUUCCAGGAGUUGUAGUUUCUGCUAACGGUGCAGCGGCGUUGACGUCACCCAUAGCCAACUACUUUCUUACCCCAAGAGGAAUUGAGGGGGCAGCCUUGUCCCUGGCUUGCACAGUGGGUCUUUGCGCUGCUACAAAUGUAUUGUUCAGUAUUUUUCAUCCUAAGGCUAUUAUCCGCGAGGCGCAGUGGCCCUCGCCGGCACUCCGGCGAAAGGAUGAAUGGAUCACAUUCAUGAGUGUAGGCAUACCCUCACUAAUUGCGGUCUGCGCGGAGUGGUGGGCUUUUGAAGUACAGGCAUUUUUCACAAUAACCAUUUCACCCUUUGCACUGGCUGUUUUCGGUGUUUCCAUGAAUAUUGUUUCAUUGAUGUUUUCAUUGGCCCUCGGCGUAAGCGUUUCAGCGAGUGUCAUUAUCGGAAAUGCGUUGGGCGCACGAAGGCCCCGCUUUGCGGCCCAGUACGCCAGGUUUAUCAUCAUUUGCGACAUUGUGCUUUGUGCCUGCACUGCAACACUUAUGGGGUGUUUUGGUGGCCACAUUGCUCGUUUGUAUACAAACGUUCCUGAGGUGGCAAGCGCUGUGGAGUCGGCAAUGCCGCUUGUUAUUCUGUGCCACGUUGGAGACUCUCUCCAGUUUUGUUUGCAAGGUAUCUUUCGUGGUGCUGGUAGACCAAAGCAGGCGGCACACGGUGUACUCUUCACAUUGUGGCUUGUCGGCAUGCCUGCUUCUGCCUUGUAUGUUUUCGUUUUCGGCUGGGGUGUAAAUGGCGUCCUUGGGGGCCUUCUCACGGGGUUUGUGUUUGAGAUACCACUGCUAUAUUUCAUGACGUCACAGUGGGACUGGAACACACUGGCGGAGGAGGCUCAGACUAGAAUAAUAGGACAUGAGAUGAUUGUAUUGGAGGAUGCAAGCGCCAGCGACCGAGAAAAUACCGAUAUUACCACGCCACCCGAAGAUGCGUUUGAAUUGAAGGCUAUUGCCGUGCCCACGAUGGACGCUGUGGUGAAGUGCCGUAAUGUGUUUGUCGAUGCAGGGUAA